GUGUAAAAGAGAGCCGGCGCCUCGCCGCUGGGUCUGGAGGAGGUAACGUGAAAGCCUCCCGGAGCGGGCUCCACGGCUGCAGGUUCCAGUAUGGUCGAUCAGGCUGGUACUGCUGAGUCCCCGCGGGGCAAACGGACCCCGGCCCACUCCCUGGAGCAGCUGCAUAGGUUACCACUUCCGCCGCCACAGAUUCGCAUCCGGCCCUGGUGGUUUCCGGUGCAGGAACUGAGAAACCCUUUGGUGUUCUACCUGGAGGCAUGGCUGGCAGACGCGCUCUUUGGCCCAGACCGAGCCAUAAUUCCAGAAAUGGAGUGGACGAGCCAGGCCCUGUUGACAGUGGACAUAGUGGACUCUGGGAACCUAGUCGAAAUCACCAUUUUUGGACGGCCCCGUGUACAGAAUAGGGUGAAGAGCAUGCUCCUGUGCCUGGCAUGGUUUCACCGAGAACAUCGAGCCCGAGCUGAGAAGAUGAAACACCUUGAGAAGAACUUGAAGACCCAAACAUCAGACCCCCACACACCCCAGGAUUCUGUUGCUUAAGACAACAGUGUCAGGAGCAUCUUGAGAAAUUUGCAACUUUUGCUGCUUCAGUCGAAGAGAAGCAAGUAUAGCAUUCCUAAAUCCCUGCAUUCGUUUUUCCUGUGUCUUGAUAGAAUCAGGUUUAUUUUGUUGCAAGAGUGAAUUUGAACUAUUCUAAUAAAUGGCUAUUUUGCCCAGUGACAUUAAGAUCUUCGUACACUUAUAAUAAAGCAAAUUUAUAAAAG